CCUGCCGCUCUGAUACUGAUUUUACGACAAGAUCAAUCGAUUUUGUUGAUGGAGGAAAGGGAGCAGACUGAUCUCGAAGCCAAACGUCUCAGCAUCUUCACUUUUUCACCGGAGGAUGAUAAUUUCAUCGUCAAUUUGUCUUCUUCACCGCUUCAGUCCAUUGGUCUUCAACAAUCAGAGUAUCAGAAAGAGUCUAUAAGCUUGGAGUUAUUUGAAACUAUGGAUGGUCAGGAAGGAAAGGAUAUUUGCCAUAGAAAUGAAGAAGAUGACAACUUUCCUGAACUUUGUGAGUCAAUGCAACCUGAAAGAACCAAAUGGAAAAGGAACCCAAAGUCUCGCAAUAGUUUAGCGUGGAAUAGUGCUUUCUUCACAGAUGCGGGAGUACUAGAUCCUGAGGAGUUGUCCAGCAUGAUCAAAGGGACUGAAAAGUGUGAAGUCCUAGAUCCUGAGGAGUUGUCCAGCAUGAUCACAGGAACUGAGAAGGGUGAAGUACUAGAUCUUGACGAGUUCUCCAGCAUGAUCAAAGAAACUGAACAGGGUGAAAAGCAUCUCCUCUCUGGGAAUAAUGAGGAUGUAGAACAGUCUAUUGAUUCAAUCUCAACAUUUGAAAGUGAUGAUCUGAUACUUGAACAACUUGAGGCUGAGGUUUUUGAGGACAUUAGAGCUUCGAUUGUAAGAUCCAGCAAAGUUUUAAAUGUGAUGAUUUCAAGCUGCAAAUCAGCAUCUCCAAAGGCAGUGGAUGAGGCUACUUCUGCUUUGAAGAAGGCAGACUGUACUUCUAAAAAUGUGCUGGUGCCUAAAGUUGCUCCCAAGAGAACUAUUAAAGCACAAACCUAUGGGAUGCCAAAAAGUCAGCAGAAACAAACUGGUGGAGUGCAAAGCUCCGGUAAAAUGGUAACCAAGGAAAACUCACAAGUCACGCAGGCCAUGACUAGGACCUUGGACUCAAAAUCAUUUCUUGCUAGGCCACGAAAACUGAGCAGUAAGGUGAAUUCUGUCUCUGCAGCAAUAGCAAAAGGGACCUCUAUGGGUGCCAAUCAUGUUAAAAGUGAUCAUGUCAAUGCAAAAAUCAGUACGGUAACAGUUGCUGGUAAAGAGGCACGGGUAUCAAAAUUUUCCGCUGCAAACAAUGCUCACAAGGUGGCUGUAGCCUCAAGAUCUUCAAGUGAUAGUACUGCCAGUACUUCGUCUGACAAAACAGGAAAAUCUACUUUCCCUGCAACAAGAAGAAAGGUGGAGAGUAGGCCUGUUGAUCAAUCUUCCUCUGGCUCAAGUAUCAAAACUACAUCAAAAAUUGCUUUGAAGAAUGAGAUAUCCUCUAGAAACUCUGCUGUUGGAGCAUAUGUUAUGUCUUCAAAGAUGAGUCCUGGCUUUUCACCUGCUAGUUCUAUUAGUGAGUGGUCUUCAACAUCAUCAUCUUCUAGUUCCAUUAACAAGAGGUCAAAUGCAUCUAGGACUAGCCUUGAUACUAGUAGAUCCAUGGACAGUGAUAACCCGUCCUUGGAUUUGACAAAUUCUUCAAGUCAUUAUCAGACGUCAGAUAAAUCAGUUCCCAAAACAACAUUGUUUAAUGAGAAUAUACGUAAACCUUCAAGACUGAAUGGCACACUUUCUCAACCAUCUUAUAUGAAGCCAUCAGGCUUGCGGAUGCCAUCCCCAAAGAUUGGUUUCUUCGACAGGGUUAAGCCAGGUUGCACUCCAAAUCGGUCUAUGCAGUCUCAUUCCAAUGGAAGUGCUGCAUUAACGGCGAAAAUUGGAGCUAAUGUGAGGACAAAUAUAAAACCCAAGAUCGCAAAGCUUCCACCUGCAAAAACAUUAAAAAGAGCAGAGGGUGAUACUGAGACGGUCCCUUCUCACGCAUCUCUUAAAGACAAAUUACCUGCCCCAGUGAAUAUGAGUGGUAGUCCAGGAGAUAUAGAAUACUAUUCUAGCCCAUCCCAAGAAGUUCAUCAUGAAAGGAGUGGAGGUUGUAAUUUACAUCCCAAGGAUGUUGCAGUUGAAGGACAUGAAAUAACUAAACAUGUUGAAGAUGCUGGUUUAAUUCCAGUUGAUCAUGGGGACCAAGGUUUAAUGAAGAGUGAAAUGAGCAGAGACAUAUAUUUGAAGCCCGACUUGAAUGAUACGAAGAUCAUUGCCGUUGAAGGCGAGCGUUGUGAUUCAGUCUCCAAGAACACUGAAACAGUGAGAUCAGAGGUUGCACCUAGCACACCUUUUGGUGGCAAGACUUGUGGAAGUAGGUAAGAGCUAAGGCCUUUUGCAGGAUGUACAAUCUUCAAAGACAGUACAGCUCCAUAGCAAAGGCUUCUUUUAUUGGUGAAGAAAUAUGUGACCAUCAGAAGUUAAAGGAUAGAUAAGCUCUUUUGUAGAGGCAAGAUGAUGAAGGGUUUUUGACAAUAUUUAUGUGGUUGAAUAAACGUUUUUGGAAAUGGAACAUGUAUUACCCCAAUAAGCAGUUCCAUGUUUA